UAUCAUUUUUAUCAUCUCUCUCUCUCUCUCUAACCGACUUAAUUUAUUUUUAUUAUUGUGUGUGAGUCAUGGAAUCGACACCAUUGUUAAAAGUAUAUUCGGCAUUCAGUCAUUAUAAAAAUUAUGCACUGGCACAAAACCACCGAAGAAGACGCGACUUUCACUCGCUUAGUCAGGCGCAUCAAGCCCUGAUAUCGUCCCACCUCGAGAAAAUCAACAAGGUCGAUACAUGUAUCGACCAUAAUAUGAUGUUUAUUCAGGACAUCAUGACCAACAUGUUUCUCGAGGAACCCAUGAUGGAUGCACAGGCUUACCCUGCCGAGAUGGAUAAAGUCAAAAGUACAUUGAAACAGUUCGUUCGAGACUGGUCAAAAGAGGGAGAAGUGGAACGGAAAAUAACAUAUGAUCCCAUAAUGAAUGAACUUGAUACCAUUUACAAGAACACUGAAAACAGAAGUGAUGUCCGUGUCCUGGUACCUGGCGCAGGCUUAGGUCGUUUGGCGUUUGAUAUUGCAAAGUCAGGGUUCAGUUGUCAAGGAAAUGAAUUUUCGUACUAUAUGCUUUUUGCAUCACAUUUCGUUCUCAAUAGAAUGACCAAGAGUGAUCAGUACCUUAUUUAUCCGUUCAUUCAUUCAUUCUCAAACAUCAAGACGGAUGCUCUUUUGCCAAUCACAAUCCCAGACGUCUUACCUUCCUCUUUAGCGCCAAACGUGGAUUUCUCCAUGGUGGCAGGUGAUUUCAUUGACGUCUAUGCCGCUCAACCCGAAGCAUGGGACGUGGUUGUUACUUGCUUCUUUAUGGAUACGGCUAAAAACAUUCUCGAGUAUAUUGAGGUGAUUCAUCGCACGCUUGUCAAAGGUGGUACCUGGAUCAAUAUGGGCCCUUUACUCUAUCAUUUUGAAGAUAAUGCUGGUUCAGAACCUUCUAUCGAACUCAGCCUGGAACAGCUGAAACAAACGGUUUCUCUCAUGGGUUUUGAGAUUAAGCACCAAAAGAUGAUAUCUACCACUUAUACACGUAAUCCCGAUGGCAUGUUAAAUUACGUGUAUGAUUGUGCCUUUUGGUCCGCUGUGAAAUUAUAGACUUUUUUUAUACAUAUAAAUAUAC